AUAGAAUCAAUUAUGCGAGCUGGUUUGUAAACAGACGUAGCGGACCUAACGUGCCGAUCCGUAUUCCGGCCAAGGGUGGCUUUUGAUGUUGGCCGAUCAGCGUUGCGGAGCAAAACGUCAUGCAGCUUUCAUGUGUUCUCUACAAUUAUGAAGGUCGUCUCUCAUCAGAUUUUCGUUUCAAAUUCAAAGCGGUUCUUAUAAUUCAACAUGACGGGCCUAGUGAAGAAGAUUGAGAUUAACUGUGAUAUGGGUGAGGGUUUCGGUCGGUGGAAGAUGGGCCCAGAUGAAGAACUCAUGAAAUACAUCGACGUAGCAAACAUCGCCUGUGGCUUCCACGCCGGUGACCCAAGUUUGAUGCUCAAGACCGUCCAUCUAGGAAAAGCCAACAAUGUGAAAAUGGGCGCGCAUCCCGGUCUCCAAGACUUAUUCGGGUUCGGACGUCGACGAAUCGAAGUCGAUCCUGAAGAUAUGUAUGCAUCGAUAUUGUACCAAGUUGGAGCUUUGAAGGCAUUUCUAGAUGCUGAAGGUGUCCCGUUGAAUCAUAUCAAGCCUCAUGGAGAGCUGUUCUUUUAUAUGCAGCGCGAUGCUGUGAUUAUGGAUGCCGUUCUCCGGGCGGCUUCGCAUUACAUGGUCCCGGUGUAUGCUUGUAAAAAUGAGAUGCAGAAGGAGAUGUGUGCAAAGUAUGGGUUGCCUUUUCAAGAGGAGCUUUAUGUCGAUAUCGAUUAUAAUCCUCAGGGAGGACUUGUGCCUGUUGCGAAGAGCAAGACGGCUACUCCGGAUAUGAUAUAUGAGAGGGUUCUGAAUUGUGCUUUGAAGGAUGAGAGGGAUCAUAAUGAGGGAGGGGUCUUGAAGAUUGGUUUUCAUGGUCAACCUUUCAGUAUUUGUGUUCACUCAGAUAUGGCUACGGCUUUGGAUAAUGCAAAGAUGGCGAGGAAAGCUGUGGAUGAGGCAAACGCAAAGUUGUUUUCGAAGUAAAUGAAUUCAUAAUUCUACCUCAAGAAGUUCAUUUCAGAUAACAAAAGUUUGUUCAACCCAGG